UUGGCGUUCAGCCUUUACGUUUCUCCAAGCUUGCAAAUUCUCGGCGGUGACGAUGCAUUGUAUCCGCAUCCUUAUCAGGCGGCACUUUUUGUUCAAAAAAGUGGAACGAUUCUUCUUGACUAUUUUUGUGGCGGAGCCAUCAUCACUAAACGUUACGUUAUAACAGCCGCGAACUGUNUUGCUUUACUCGACAGUUGGCAGUAUCAGUCUAUACAUGUCGGCGUUGGAAGCGUUCUUCUCAACGAAACUACCAAGUAUCGAGUGGACGCUCUUAUACCACACGCUGGUUAUGAUGCUGAAGGAAAUUACUAUGGCAUUAAUGACAUUGCAUUAGUUCGUGUAUUAAGAGACAUCGUGUUUAACGAGAACGUCCAGCCAAUUAAAUUACCAGAUAGUGACAGAAAUUAUGAUAAUUAUCCUUUCAUUGUAACUGGCUGGGGAAAAAAGGAGGCGAGUUUAUUAGUACCGCAUUCUAACACUUUGCAAGAGCUUGUAGUAAAGGGAUACGCUUUUAUAUAUCCGGAGUGGUAUAAAAAGUAUUUACUGUUGCUUGAUUCAGAAGUGAACGAAGGAAUGUGUCAUUUUGAUAAUGGAAAUCCGGUUGUUACUGAUGGCGUUCUGAUUGGCGUCGUAGCUGAGAGUUUUUUGAAUUGCGUGUCUAUGAAGAGUUCGUUGUAUACUUCGAGUUCGAAAGUAUUUUAUUACAAAUCGUGGAUUGAAUUUCACGUAGGAUCUAUCUAGAUGCAUUUGAAGUAGUUGACAAAUGAAAAAUAUAUAUAUUAUAUGUGAUAAUUAUAUUUAUGUUUACACAUCCAAAUCUAAAAAUAAACAACUUCUAAACAACUAUUAUAAGUAAAAGACUUUCAAGAAGUAAUCACC